UAAAUAGGUGACGUCAACGCGCUUCUUUCUCUUUCCUUCAUGCUGAGCAGGUUGGCGGAGUAACGCCGAACGUCCAUUAGACAUCGAGGAUGGCCGAGGAAGGCAUUUCUGCUGGAGGUGUAAUGGAUAUUAACACCGCUCUCCAAGAAGUGCUCAAGACCGCACUUAUACACGAUGGCCUGGCUCGUGGGAUUCGCGAAGCUGCCAAGGCUCUUGACAAACGCCAAGCCCAUCUUUGUGUACUGUCUUCCAACUGCGAUGAACCAAUGUACGUGAAGCUGGUUGAGGCACUUUGUGCUGAACAUCAGAUCAAUCUGAUCAAGGUUGAUGACAGCAAAAAGCUUGGUGAAUGGGUCGGCCUUUGUAAAAUCGACAGGGAAGGAAAGCCUCGCAAAGUGGUCGGUUGCAGUUGUGUUGUUGUCAAGGACUAUGGCAAGGAGUCCCAGGCCAAAGAUGUCAUUGAAGAAUAUUUCAAGUCCAAGAAAUGAACAUCUAAAUAAAAAAGUUUGACUUGA